CGCUACACGGUUAAGAACAGCUACCCCAUGCCUCGUUUCGGCGAAUUGUUCGACCGCCUCACAGCCAACCGCUUCUUUACGAAGACUGAUCUUUGUAGCGGUUACCAUCAGAUCCGCGUCGCUGCAGCGGACCAACCGAAGACAGUGUUCCGAUCACGCUUCGGCCAGUACGAGUUUACGGUGAUGCCAUUCGGCCUCACCAACGCACCCGCUACCUUCGAGAGGGCGAUGAACAACAUUUACAGGGACAUCCUGGAGCAGUACGUUCUCGUCUACUUCGACGAUAUCCUGAUCUACAGUCGUACCCUUAAGGAGCAUCUCAAACACCUCCGCGACGUCCUUGACCGUUGGUGCAGACAUGGCUUCUACGCCAAGCUGAGCAAGUGUCGCUUUGCCGAGCACAAAGUGGAUUUCUUAGGACACUACGUGUCUGACCAGGGUCUCCACAUGGACGAAGCGAAGAUCACUGCUAUUGCGGAGUGGCCCAUCCAACUCGUUGCCAUCUCAGUCACCACCGUCCACCACUCAGUGCUCGACGAGUUUCACACUCAGUACCGCCACUGCCUCAAUUAUCGCGUCAUCCAUGCCACCCUUCGGAGUGGCAAGACCGUCCCGAAUUACUCUCUCGGGGACAACGGUCUUGUGUACUGGCACGGUUCACAGGGCACCAAAGUGCCCCGUAUUUGCGUUCCCUCCACUGGACAACUACGUGUCUGGGCAGUAGCAGAGUUCCAUGACCAGGCAGCCGCCGGUCAUAUGGGCUUCCACAAGACGUUGGCUCGUGUGAGCCGCCUGUACGUCUGGUCGAAAUGCAAGGACUUUGUGAAGGACUACAUCGCAGAGUGUCCCACCUGUCAGGAGGUGAAUAGUGUGAACCACCUGCCUUAUGGUUUGCUCCAGCCUCUUCCUAUCCCUGAGGGUCGUUGGCAAUCCAUAUCGAUGGACUUUAUCAGUCCUCUUCGUCCUCUGACCCCCCGCGGUCAUGAUGCUAUCCUGGUUGUCGUCGACCACUUCACGAAGCGCGCACACUUUGUUCCGUCCCGCUAUGCCAUCAGUGCACGUGAGGUCGCCGACAUCAUGUUUGACCGAGUCGUGUGUGACCACGGCUUACCUUUGAGCAUCAUAUCUGACCGUAAACCCCGCUUUACCAGCCGAUUCUGGCGACGGUUGCACGAGGUUUACGGCACCCAGCUCCGCUUCUCCUCGUCUUACCAUCCUCAAACUGAUGGUCAGACCGAGGUCACGAACAGGACUCUCGAAGAUAUUCUCCGAAAGAUUGUUUGUGACGACCAGCAGUGGGAUCUCCAUCUUGCCCAGGCGGAGAUAGCCUAUAACCACGCCGUCUCACCAGCCACGGGGAUGUCGCCUUACUAUUGCGACCUCAACUAUCACCCUCGUGUUCCCGCGGACUUCCUUCGACCACCACAGAUGCACCCCAACACGAGUUGUCCCGCGCUGGAUGAUUGGGUUGCGCACAUGACGUCGAUCAUGAAGACCGCGCAUGAGCACAUAGUCGCUUCCCAGACUCACAUGGCAGCACGUGCGAACCGAUCGAGGAUGUAUCAUUCAUUCAAAGUCGGUGAUGAUGUGCUUAUCGACGCCCGCGACUUACAGCUCGAAGCGGACACGCUUCGCAAGUUUCAGUGUCGCUUCUUUGGCCCAUGCCGCAUUCUCCAGACCGUCGAUUCUCAUACGGCUUCUAGCCCGGUCAGCUUCCGUGUGAAGCUGCUCGAAUACCUACGCCAGGCUCGUGUGCACGAUGUCUACCACGUCUCGUUACUGCGUCCCUACCGCAGACCGUCUGAGCGUUUCGUUGGACGACCAUACGAGCGCCCUCCACCCAUCAUGGUGGACGGCCACGAGGAGUUCCUCGUUUCAGACAUCAUUGGUCGCYGAGUCACCGAYGACAACCCUCCCCAYGUCGAGUAUCUCGURCGUUGGAAGGGUUACCCUGAUGAGGAGGCUACYUGGGAGCCCCUCGAGCACYUGCAGCAYGCUCGCAUGUUGGUGCGUGCCUAUGACCGUGCUCGUCGUGCUGGGUUCACUGCUCCUCAGCCCACUGACCCUCCUCCUUCUCCUCCGGCUGAGGAGACCGCUGAAGUUGAGCCUGCUCCAUCUGAGGCAGACCUUCAGCGGCAGUCGGAUGCUUCUGAGCGUCCACAGCACACUCAUCGUCGUCCUGCUCAAUAUGACGAUCGACUCUGACUUUUCCACGUCUUUGACUUCUUUGUACUCCAUCCACUCCAGUUUUGCCACUUUAG